AUGUCAAACUUAGAGCUACCAAGCCGAAGCUUACCUGCUGUCAUAACUGAGGCAAUUGCAUGCGUUUCAUUGAACAUCACAAGCAUCAUUGGAAACAGUCUGGUUUGUAUAGCAGCAUACAGAAACACAAACCUGCGAUCAACCACAAACCUGUAUAUUAUUGCUUUAGCGGUCAGCGAUCUGCUGUGUGGAACAGUAGAAAUGACGUUAGCUUCUGCAACGCUAAUCGUCGGAAGAUGGGAGUUUGGCGACGCUUUAUGCCAAUUUCAAGGCUUUGUUGAUAUGUUCACCUCUCACGUGACCCCAGCAACGCUUGGUUUGACAGCAAUUAACCGCUACGUGAAAAUUGUAAAGACAAGCCAUUACAAGAGGAUUUUUUCGCCCCGCAGAUCUAAGAUAUGGCUGAGUUGCUUGUGGCUUUCCCUUGCACUUUACCUGUUGAUUGCCCGUGCCACAAAUUGGGUUAAAAUCGAUUUUAUUCAAGGCUACGCAAUGUGCUCCUUUCAUUACCCAACUAGUGAAAGUCAAAUCGUUCAUUAUUCCAUCACUGUUGGAUUACUUUUUGUUUUACCGUUGUGUGUCGGCAUUUUCAGUUAUUAUAAGAUAUUUCUGAAAACCCAUGAGCAUCAACAGAAUGUAGUGUCAUCGCUACGGAACCGUACUGACAAUGCUGCAGUAAGCAACGCAGUGAAAGAAAUAAAGCUUACUCGAAUGUUGCUCCUUAUGGCAGCGGGAUUUUUGUGUUGCUGGAUACCAAUGUGGGCACUUGUCCUCUGGUUUCGCUUUUCCCCUGAAACCAGCUCAAGAAUUACAGCAUUGCUUGCCACGUUUUUCUUUUAUAUGAGUGCUGUAAUCAAUCCCAUUAUUUACGCCUUUACAAAUGAUGAGUUCCGCAGGGAGUUUCGCAAACUGCUCUGUUGCCGCCGUGAAAGGUCAAGAAUUGUGCUAAAGAAAGCUGCUGCGUUUACUAACAACGAUCUCGUCGAACGAGAGGAACAAGAAGCAAACUUUUGAGUCUAGCGAAUUUGUGUUAUUCCAUUCUUUUUUAUAUUUUUUAUUACGGUUGCUUUGUUUUUUUUGUUUUGUUUUUCUUUUUUUGCUGUUGGUCGGUUUUGUUUUUUUUUUUUCUACUAUGCUUGGGCUCAGAUUUCUCAAAGAGGCAGACACGAGGGGAACCAGUCGGAUAAUUUAUAUACGCCUUAAAAAAGAGAAAGUAGUAAGAGAGUAGAGAGAGAGAGAGAGAGAGAGAGAGAGAGAGAGAGAGAGAGAGAGAGAGAGAGAGAGAUAGAGAGAGAGAGAGAGAGAGAGAGAGAGAGAGUAAUAUCGCCUUUUUGAAAUUUCAAACAAACCUGAUUAAAAAAAAUCAAAUUACUGGCCUCGACUUGAGUAGUGUCUUUUGAGGUGCUGAUUUAGUUAUUGUUUGCCAAGAAAGCUUCUUAAAUGAAUGUCGAAAGCGAUGUUGCUCGCACCAAUCAGACCGCGCUGUCUAACAUUAUAAACUAUUUAUGGUGACUUCUCCUUGCCUAGUGCUGAACACGAGAAGACGACAUCAGUUCACUUCUAAAUUGUGGAAGGGUUGUGAGUACGAAUUGGAUAGAUUUUGCUAUGCGUGCGGUGAAAAUACAAUGAACUGAAUUUGAAUACUAGAUUGAAUAAUCUGAUAGCAAACACGAUAUAAAAGCGUUCAGUGUAACCUUUUGCUUCUUCGGAAGUUUAAUUUAUAACGUCAAAGCUUUUGUCCUUAACCGGGUAGUUUCAGAUCCAAGGGCAUGAUGGUUAAAAGGAAAAUAAAUUAAUUUUAUUCGACUUUCCGUUUGUUAACAGCCAGCUUCUAAAGCAGAAUAACUUUCCCCUGAGUUUCUCUUUCUGAUGCCUGUGAUGUAAUCAGCAACUUAUUCGUUAUCAUCGAACAUAUAUUUUUUCUAAAUUCAUAACAAAUUGGCACAAAAUGCUUUUAGUUGAUUAGAGGUGACACCCAGUCGUUUAUGAAAAACUACAAGAGGACCAGAAAAACUCCAGUUCGCAAAGAAAAAAAUGAAAGUUGCGGUUGAAAGAGUGCAAUAACCUUUGGAGAUAUUUCACCCAAUCAUUUACAUGAAUAAUUUUCCAUAUGCGCGCUUUCAUUUGCAACCAUGAUUACAGCAUAAUUAAUAGCCGCCUACUAAGAACGUUAUAGGAUAUUUCGGAAUCAGUUUCAGAAGUCUUUUACACUUAAAAAAGAAUCAAGAGAACGGAAUUGAUGCUCUCUGGGGUGAUUGCUUUUUUUUUCUUACUGAGGCACUCCUACCACUCAUCUGUCAUGGAUAAGUGUGAAUGCAUUUUGUAAACGCUUUCAGUGGAACAUGGGACGCCGAGAUAAACCAAAGGUUAAAACAUUUUCGUCGGAAAACGUCCUUCAAAGACUUCAGAUGCCGGCUGUUAGAGCUCCAAGUUCUAUGCCCUUAAAGAUGUAUGCCGUAAAAAUACAUAUAGGAAUAACUGUUAUUCAAAUCAAGUCCUCAACAAUAUCUUGUUUGCCAGACUUUAAAAUUCCCUUUUACUUCUAGAAAGACACUAACUUAUAUGGACUGAAAUACAGACUUUCUUAACACAAAUCAAUAUCAGUUUGAUGUAGACAAGUUGAUUCGCCUGGUUCAAAGCUCUGCAGCCAGGUUACAAAUUUACGAAUGAAAUGCUCUUCUAACAUCGACAUAGGCAAAUUUGAGCACAGACAACGUUGAAGUAGGAAAAAGGAUACGAGCAUUGACUAAGCGACAUUCCCUAAAGAGAGGUAUAAAAAAUAACUUUUAUUUAGAGCUUUAAAGUUAUAAUAUGUGGUGAAAAUAAAUAGAAUUUGAAAAAAGAAACCAGCAAAGAGUUAAAAAUUAGCGCCUGACAAUAUCAAUGACGUAACAGUGCUAAUAAUAGCUCGCAACGAUACCUGCAAGACUUUCUACGUCGACAAAAUAGUUCCCGAGUAGAUUUUGAGAUGGAAAACAUGUUAGAGGGAGAUUUCGUUCGUCAAACGUCAAACAUAAUUGCUUAGGACCCCUGUAGAUGGCCUAAAGGUUUCGUUUUUUAAGGUUAGGCACAUUUACUUUAUAUCAUAGUGUUGCCUUGUCUUUGUGAUUACGAUGGUGUGUUUUUCGUUUUUGUUGCUGUUGUUGUUAGUUUUUUUUUUGUUUUUUUUGUUGAUUUAUUUAUUAAUUUAUUUUUGCAUAUCGUUUGCAUACAUUUUUCAUAUUUAAAAAAAAAGGGUGAAAUGAGUGCGCCCACUUUAAGACAUUAUUUCUCCGGACUGGUAUAAGGGUUAGGGCUGAAAUGUUUAUGGGGAUCUAAAAUAAGAGUUGACAAGAUUUGUGCAAUGUAAAGUACUACUCUUAACCUCAUAUUUUGUGCGAGAUAUCAGUUUUCGAUAUUUCGGUGCGCUCUCCCUUCUUCACUUAUUAUUCGAAAGUCAUGUUUAAGCGGUUUUUUUGUCGAUAUAACGAAACGGAUUGCAAUGAAAAUCAUAUUGGCGCAAAGUUAAGUUAUUAGGCUUUAUUUAGGUGUGAUUUUUAUUUAGUUUCUAAGGUGGUAAAAUAAUAAAGAGUCACAUAUCUUAACAAUGAAAUUAAGAGAUCCUCACAGCUAUGAACACUACUAAAAUGAGUAGUUUUAAAUAGGACCUGAAAAAAAUUCAGGCUCGUACGGGAAUUGAACCCAUGACCUUUGCGAUACCGAUGCAGCGCUCUACCAAUGGAGCUAACAAGCCAUCUGGGAGCUGGCCAAUGAAUUGGGUCCAAUUAAACAUCCAAGUGAAUGAUGAUUUUGGAUAUAUGAAAAUUCAUACAUUUGCACUGCGGUGGAAAUUAAGAGAUCCUCGCAGCUAAGAACACUACUGAAACGAGUAUAUAUAAUAUAUAUAUAUAUAUAUAUAUAUAGGAAGUCUGCAAGUCGAUUUUCGCGUGGAACAGUGCUCAAUACGUUGAAGCAGAGCAGAAUAAAUAUUAUGAGAGGAAAAAACGACGCAACUACAUAUCCCGACAAGCCUGUUUCGUGAAUCGCUUCACUCUUUAGGGGUUUAAACCCCUGAAGAGUGAAGCUAUUCACGAAACAGGCUUGUCAAGAUAUGUAGUUGCGUCGUUUUUUCCUCUCAUAAUAUAUAUAUAUAUAUAUAUAUAUAUAUAUUCAUAUAUCUAAAUUUUGACCAGCUCCCAGUUGGCUUGUUAACUCAAUUGGUAGAGCGCUGCACCGGUAUCGCAGAGGUCAUUUUCCCAUACGGGGCCUGAAUUUUUUUUUUCAGGUCCUAUUAACCAUUAAUCGUUUCAGUAGUAUUCUUAGCUGCGAGGAUCUCUUAAUUACAUCUCUCCACCGCAGUGCAAAUAUAGGAAUUUUUAUAUAUCUAAAAUCAUCAUAUCUUAGCAACUUUUUAUUGAAAUUUGGUCUAGCUUUUGCUAUUAAUUUCUAAGGGUGCAUGCUCCAUUUACCUUGAAAGUGUCUACUGAUAUUGACGAAUGUAUUGACUAAACAGCCGUGUAAAUUGUGCCUAGUUUGAAUAGAUUGACAUAAAGUUAAAUGUGGUUAAAAAGGAGGCUUUGGUUCCCUGAUCCCGCCCUUGUCGUAUCAAAUGACAAGAAUGUUAUCCUGAGAUCUGAGAGAAUUCGUGGGGCACUCCCCGGAGGUUCUCUACUCCAGCUCGUGUUUAAUCCCUGACAAAACUCAAGGACCUUCUGGGGGUAUCAUCGAUUAACCAGCUCGACUCAUUUUUGCUAGGAUGUUUACAUCUAUAGAGCGGUUUAAUAAUUAAAGUUUUAAAAUAUUUACAAUUCUAUGUACAGCAGUAUUUGCAAUAAAUAAAAGAUGUAAUUGAGCGGUUUAUAAGACAAUUCUAUCUACGUUGAGGGUUGCAGAGGUCAGGAUUUAUUUGAAGGCCUGCCUCCUUCAGAAAAAAAGUUUUUAACUUUUUAAUAGCACCUGACCUCUCUCUCCUGGGCCAGGAUGUGUUUUAACGCAUAAUCUUCCCGAAACAAAUAGCAUUGUCCAUCGUCCUUAAAGAAUGAGUGGUCCUCUUCUUCCUGGUCAAAGUGAGGCCUGAUGUUACUGGUGUAGAUUGACAUCCACCUGUGCAGCGUCUUAUCUGCCGGACCUUGGUGGUUCGUUGUCUUGUGAUGGUCGACAAGCAACGUCCACAUCUUUGUGGCCAUAAGGGAAACUGCCUGGUCGAAACGCUGCACAAGCGCGUUCUCCAGUGGCCCAGGUCGAGAUGCAGCUGUCCCUUCUGUAGAUGGUGUCCAUGUCCUCUGCUUGGAGAAACUAAAAUGUUCUGCGUACUUAAAUUUCAUAGACAACCUUGACCAAUUGGCAGAAGUUAUAUCAAAUUAUUCUAAAUUUAAAUUGUUUCCUUAACGUUCAAACAACCAUUGGACUUAAUAAGACCAAAAUCCGUCGCAUUCUGUUAGUGUGAGAGAGAUUCAUUGGAAGUGCAUUUUUCGAGCUAGUUUUAGCCUUACACCCAGUGAUUUGAUGUGGGGGCUCUAAUACCUCAAGGAUUAGCCAGGAACCCGAACUACUUUGGAUUCUUGAAUAAUUCAUUGACCCUCACAAACUGUGAAAGUUUGAAAGAAAUCGGUGAAAUGGCAUGUAUCACGCCUGCCUGGUCCUCACGUGGACAGUUUCUUAAGCCAUUAAUUCACCUAUAUGUUUACUUAUUAGUUGUUUUUGUUGAUUUUAUUUUGUGUAAUCAGUUGGUAAAUGUCAGACCUAGAGCUACCAAUACGAAGCUUAGCUGCUGUCAUAACUGAAGCAAGUGUAUGUGUUGCUUUGAGCGUCACAUGCAUCAACCGAAACAUUCUGGUUUGUAUAGUAGCAUACAGAAACACAAAACUGCAAUCAACUACCAAC